AUGUCGGAAGUCCCUGAGAACCAACCUGUGAAAUUCACUAUCACUCACUAUCGCCAACAACAACACUCACAUGAGGCAUUCAUCAAUUGGAUCAUUCAAGAGCAUCUGCCUCUCGCUUUACCCGUCUUUGAAAAACAUGGGAUUAUCGAAUACAGCCUAUUCGUUACGCCGCCUUCUCUCAACAAUGCACUUAAGCAAGAUAUUGAGGGGUUCCGGCCCACCUGGGACUUUGCUCAAUUCGACUGCUUUAUUGAAUACACUCUUCCAAAUGUGGAUAUUAUCAUGAAGGUAAUGACAGAUCCGGAUUGGCAGGUCGCAGUGCAAGACCAGGAUAAGUGGGUGGAUAUCCCGAAAGCCCUGGUUUCGGUGGGUUAUAGCACUGGAAAUCUACUGAAUAAGGACCGUGUCAUGUAG